UUGCAACCAUUUCAUCACGAGACAAGAAAAUGGUCAAUGCGGACCGAAGUGGAGAACAUUAUGAACCAUAGAGAAAUAAUUUUUAAAAUUUUGAUUGUGGGAGACGCAGAAGUUGGCAAAACCUCCUUCGUGCGACGAUAUAUAAAUCAUUCGUUCGAGAAAAACUACAAGGUUACAGUUGGCGUGGAUUUCUCAGUUAAAGUGAUCGAAUGGUCUGAAACCGAAACAGUUCGACUUCAGCUCUGGGACAUAGCAGGUCAGGAGAGAUUUACUACGAUGACCAGAGUCUACUAUAGACGUGCUUCAGCAUGCUUCAUUAUGUUUGAUUUAACAAAUCCUAAUUCAUUUUACAAUGCUGCUAAAUGGAAGAAAGAUUUAGAUUUAAAAUGCUUUGAUACAUAUGGCAAGAACAUACCAUGUAUUUUGAUUGCAAAUAAAACUGAUUUGCCAUCAAAAGUCGAGAAGAACGAUAUAAAUAAUUUUUGUAAGCAACAUCAUUUUCUAGGAUGGACCGAAAUGUCCGUAAAAGAUGACAAACAUGUUACUGAGACUAUGGAAUUUAUGAUACAAGAACUUAUGUUACCAGCUGGCGAAGGCCAUCUCGAAAACAAAGAUGGUGCUCUUGUUUUACCUGAGACCGAACCUGAAGAAAACAAGAGAUUGUGUUGUGGCAGCUGAUUUUCGUCCAGUAUUGUAGAAUUUGAACCUACAAAAGUGAGAAGUGGGUAGAAAUUACAUUCACAUUACAUCACAUUCACAAUCAUACAUUUCCAUGUUAGUUUCAUUUUUCGAAGCAAUGAGAAAAUUUUACAUAGUUUUUGAUAUUCUUAGCUGCCUAUUUUUGCCAUAAAAAAAAUUUGUAAAGUUUUUAAAAGAAAUUAAAAGGAAUUAAAGAAAA